AUGGCUUCGCAUACCGCAUCGCAGCGCUACCUGAGCACUAGAGGAGGCUCCUACGACCUCUCGUUCGAAGACGUCGUCCUCAAGGGUCUCGCUGCAGACGGCGGCCUGUUCAUCCCCGAAGAGGUGCCCGCGUUGCCCUCGGACUGGCAGUCCAAAUGGCGCAACCUUUCCUUCCAAGAGCUCGCCUUUGAGAUCUUCAGCUUGUACAUCUCCGACAGCGAAAUCCCCUCGUCCGAUCUCAAAGGCAUCAUUCAACGCAGUUAUGCCACCUUUCGCGCCAAAGAUGUCACCCCCGUCGUCACUCUUGACAAGUCCAAGAACCUGCAUCUGAUGGAAUUGUUCCACGGUCCCACAUUCGCGUUCAAGGAUGUCGCUCUUCAAUUCGUCGGCAAUCUGUUCGAGUACUUCCUCGUACGCAUGAACAAGGGCAAGGAGGGCACUGACAGACAACACUUGACUGUCGUUGGUGCUACCAGUGGUGACACCGGUUCUGCCGCCAUCUACGGCCUGCGCGGUAAAAAGGAUGUUUCCGUCUUCAUCAUGCACCCCAAGGGCAAGGUCAGCCCCGUCCAGGAGGCUCAGAUGACGACCGUUCUCGAUCCAAACGUUCACAACUUGGCCGUCGAUGGCACCUUCGACGACUGCCAGAACAUUGACGAUUCGCAGGACUUCGUCAAGGCUCUCUUCGGUGAUGCCGACAUGAACAGCACCCACCGCCUCGCCGCCGUCAACUCGAUUAAUUGGGCACGUAUUCUCGCACAAAUCACCUACUACUUCCAAUCGUACUUCACCCUGGCCCGCUCGCUCGAUACUGAGAACCCCCAAAUCCGCUUCGUCGUUCCUACUGGUAACUUCGGUGACAUUCUGGCUGGUUACUUCGCCAAGCGCAUGGGCUUGCCCGUCGACAAGCUCGUCAUUGCUACCAAUGAGAACGACAUUCUGCACCGUUUCUGGCGCAGCGGUCACUACGAAAAGAAGCCUGUUCACGGACGUGAGGCUGAGGGCGGUUUCGAGCACGAUGGCUCAAAGGCACACGUCGAUGGUGUCAAGGAAACACUGGCACCCGCCAUGGACAUCCUGGUCAGCAGCAACUUUGAGCGUCUGCUGUGGUAUCUGUCCUACCGAACGAACGGCAGCGAAAAUGUGACCGAGCGUCGCAAGGCUGCUGGUGAGCAAGUCAACUCCUGGCUGCAAGCACUCAAGACCGAUGGCGGAUUCGGCGUCGACAAGGCCAUCUUGGACGCCGCACAUGAGGACUUUGAGUCUGAGCGUGUAUCCGACAAGCAGACUCUUGACCAGAUUACCCAGACGUACGCUUCAGGCAACGGCAUGACACCGGUUGGCGAGAACAGCGGCGCCUACGCUACUCAGGGUACUGUCCACCAAGGCAAGUACAUUCUUGACCCCCACAGUGCCAUCGGUAUCGCGGCCUCUCUGCGCUCUAUCCAGCGUGCACCCAACGCUCACCACAUCGCUCUUGCUACUGCUCACCCUGCCAAGUUCUCGUCAGCAGUCGAGACGGCACUCGGUAGCCAAGAGGGAUUCAGCUUCGAGGCAGUCCGGCCCGAGCAAUUCGUCGGUCUCGAGCAACAGCCUCGUCGCGUCACCAUUGUCAAGAACGGAGCCGGCUGGCAAGACGUCAGAGAGAUUGUUCGCGAGGAAGUGCAGCUCGAGAUGGAGGGCAAGGCCAGCAGCGGACCUGGCGAGAUUGUCAAGGGUUAA